CGCCUACCAACUUCAGUUCCUUCCAUUGGUCUAUCCCAUUCUGCAUGUCUUGCUCUUCAAUGGGAGUCAGUGUCCGGUCCUGACUCGAAUCCCCUCCAUCGGAUCGCUUUCAUUUGGAAUCCCUUCCGUGCCCGCACUUUGCGGGGUAUAGCCUCCACUCCGGCUCCCUCUGACCUCGGGAGAGGGACCCUGCAUCAUGGAUGUGCGAAAGAAGAAGAGAAAGGUUCUCCUGAUGGGGAAGAGCGGCUCGGGGAAGUCGUCCAUGCGGUCAAUUAUCUUCAGCAACUACGUCGCCAAGGAUGUGCGGCGCUUGGGUGCCACCAUUGAUGUGGAGCACAGUCAUGUCAAAUUCAUGGGGAACCUCACUCUCAACCUCUGGGAUUGCGGUGGACAAGAUGCCUUCAUGGAGACCUAUCUGGCGUCGCAGCGCGGCAACAUCUUCUCGGACGUCGCCGUUAUGAUCUACGUCUUUGAUAUCGAAUCCCGCGAGGUGGAGCGUGAUCUAGACACCUACAACGCCAUCAUCACGGCGCUGAAGGAAUUCAGCCCCAACGCCUACGUCUUCUGUCUGGUGCACAAGCUGGACCUGAUCCAGGCGGAGCACCGCCAGCGCAUCUACGAGGAACGCUCGGCAUUGAUCCGCAGCCGCUCGGAACACUUCGCCAUCGACACUUUCGGCAGCAGCAUCUGGGACCAGUCGCUGUACAAGGCAUGGGCCGGCAUCGUCCACCGCCUGAUUCCCAACCUGGCAGUCAUCGAGCGCUUCCUGCAAGCCUUUGCCAAGCGCAUCGGCGCCGAGGAGGUCAUCUUAUUUGAGCGCUCCACCUUCCUGACCGUCACGUCGGUCUCGUCCGAAGUCGGGGACCUGAACCCCAUCUACGACCGGCACGAACGGCUGUCCAAUAUCAUGAAGGCGUUCAAGCACUGCGCCGCGCGCAACACCCACACCCCGCCGGCCUCCGCCGGCUUCGUCGUCAUGCACACCAAGACUCCGCAGUUCAACGUCUUCCUGGGCCGCUUCACCGACAACACCUAUAUAUUCCUGGUCGUGCCGCCCGGCGAGGCCGCCUACAACUGCGCGGUGCUGAACACCAUGCUCGCGCGGGAGGGCUUCUCCAAGGCGGCGGCUAUGGGACACGGCGAUGGGUUUCCGCUUCCGGCUCCAGACACGCCUGAUGGGGACGUGUCUACGAGUAAUUCUGACUCUACUCGAGGGUAGCAUCAACAUCUCCCACCUGGUGCUAUCACAACUAGAGAGAUGUACGGCGUCCCGACAUAUCCCCACGCUCAAGUCACACCUCUUUCCAAACAUUCGACUCGUGUCAUAUUAUGACCCAACUACACCCAGUCUAAUAUUUCUCUUACUUUCUCCCUUUCCUUCCAUUCAAAUUAUCGAUUCCACCCGAGUCCACAUUGGAUACGAAAACAAACAAGCAAGCAAGCAAGCAAUGACGGCGUUCCGGGACAAAAACUUCACCCUCUAUCUUCUUCACUUUCCUUUUCUUCAUUUCAUCUUUCCUAUUUCCCUUUUACAGAUCUAUCUCAUAUUAUUUCUGGUGUUGUUUGUGACAUGAUACCCAAGCAUGACAUGUCUGUGUUCCUCCUGAUUGGUUCGUUUGAAUUGAAGUCUUUCUCUUCCUGGAGUUAGUUAGUUGUCCCGAGUCAGGUAUCUUGACUUGUCACUUCCGCCUAUCGCUGUCUGGUUUGCUGGCUGCACUGUGCAGCCAGCAACCUCAAAGAUGGUGAAAUAGAUAAUGAACAACCAAGCAAAUAAAU